AUGCCCCAUUAUCCUGAAAUUAUUGAUCUUGACCCAGUUAAUCUCACAUAUCUGGAGGAUUUCCCUGGUCUCAUUCAUUUUAUCUGUGUGGACCGAUCCACCGGUCAAAUGAUCGCGCCGUCGCUGAAUGUAACAGAGCGAAGCACAUCAGAGCUGGGGAAGGGACCGGUGGCUCAGUUCAUCAAAAGCAAGGUGAAGCAAACUCAAGGUGUCUUCAAACUGUUCAGUGUGGAAUAAAUCGCCAAUUGCGCAGGUCGUUAAAGUCUUGGUUUACCGGGUUCUUCUGCUGCUUUCAGUUCAAAAACAGUUUGAGUUGAAUAAAUUUCAUACUCUUGUUUCCAUAUCUCUUAAAAAAUACCAUAAACAGUUUUUUUCUGCAUUACUCAUGCUAGACAGUAGACAUCAACAGUGACUAAUUUCCCAUGCAUUAAAACAGAAAUUUAAAUUAAAACCAGUCGACUUGGCUAAAAGUACAAAAUUCAUAAACAGUUGAAUUGGCCUCAGUCUGUGCUGAGGAUGCAAACACAGCUCUAACUUUAGUGAAACAAGGACUGAAUUGCCCACAGCAACAGCCCUGUUGACCCACAUUUCCAUGUUCUUCGUACCUCCCACAUGCCCCCCUAGGAAACAUGCUUAUAGGCCUUCUCAAAGUUCACCAGACAUAUUGGGUAGUCUAAAGGUCAGGACCAAGAAAGCAGUUUAAACUAAGCACAAUUAUUUAUUCAACACAGCUGAACACCAGAUCACAGAGUCAGUGGGAAAACAAUGUCAAGUGUGGGUAACAUCAGCAGAGCUAGCACCUCCUCCUCGCAGGUUAACAUCCACAUGCAUGUGUUUCUAUAUGCCACUUUAACCAGACACAGCGUUCAAACAACUUUCACUCUAUUUUCUAGGUCAAAACGCUGCUGAACCGUGAGGUCCCAUCAGUGCUGGGUCACUGCACAGAUGCAUAUAGAUUACAGCAGUUUGGCUGUAGCCAUCAAUCAGAGCUAUAUAUCGGCUUUAUUACAGCUUAAAAACAACAUAUGGUUGUCAAUUUGGAUCAAUGGGAACAAAAAUAUCACUCAUAAGUUUAACCGGCUAGUAAUUCUGGUCCUGACUAGCAAGGGUGAGGAUGUUAUAACUGUUUAGUGGACUAAAUAUGCCCUUUUGUAAGUGUUACGACACUCCCAUUAAACUAUUGAUAACAACAAAACAAAGAAACUUAUUUCCAAAAAUAAUCCCUCUGUUUUUUUUCUCUCUGUUUUCAUACUGAAGGUGUGGAGUCUGGUCAGCACAACACGCCGCUAUCUCCAAAAGGGUUACUCCACUGUCACGUUACGCGACGGGGACUUCUACUUCUGCUACUUCCUCUGGUUUGAAAAUGACACUGUGAGUGACCUUUGUGUUAUUUAUCAACAUCCAGCAAAGUAAAUGUGAACGAAAUACAUCAUAUCGUGUGUUUUCCGAUCAAACAGGGCUACAAGUUAGAAGCAGGCGACAUCCCCCACCUACCUGAUGACUCUGCGCCCAUCGGGAUGCUGGCCUGGGACUACUACAGGUAAACCUCUGAGCAUGUUAAAAACAGUUGUGAUGAACCCAGAGAGAGUGCUGCUGACUACAGAAAGCCGUUUGUCCAGCAGGAAGCUGCUGCGCUACUACAGUAAGCAUCACCAGGGGGAAGUGGUGAAGUGCUACGAGCUGCUGACGGUCCAUCUGGGUGUCAUCCCCACUGAGAUCAUCCUGCAGCACUGCAGGCAGCUGGCGAGCAAACUGUGGGAGCCAUCACGCAAUCCUCUGCUGUAG